GGUGUCCUCUUCAAGCUCAUUCUUUUUAGCAUCGCGCUUGCCGUCGCGCCCUUGUCUUCGUACUUUCUCUCGCUAGGUUACCUUUGGAAUGGCAAUUCUACCUAUGCUGCAAUUACAGCUAUAGUUGCUGCGAAUGCUGUUCUGGUAGCAUAUAUCGCCAUGUCUCUUCGGGAAGAACGCAAGCUGCAAGCUCAA